GUGGCGAAUAAUUUUUCACACAGUAUUCUCUCUGGUUCUACAGCGAAUUCCAAAAGGACAACCACGCAUGGUCUGUUCUGCUUCCUCAAACCUAUUCUUACUUUUUUGUUGGCAUCAUAACUUUAAUGGUAGUCAUGGAGAUGUUGAUCAUAAGCCACCAUUUUCAGAAACACCAAUGGUUUUCAUACAUGCUUUGACAUGCGUUCGACGCCAAUGUCGUAAGAACACAAAUGUCCCCCUAGUUCUCUCAGUGACCUUGGUAGUUACCAUAGUAACGAUAAACACGUUUUUUCAUUUUUUGAAACUUUUUAGAUAAGAGAUUCGAUGCAUGUAGCCAAAGCAUGAAGCCUUAGAUGAACAGAGAAUCACCCUCGGAGAUUAAAUUUGGCAAGCAUUCUGUAUUCCCUGUUCUUUGCAUGUAAAGAAAGAACCGCGUUGCAGACAAUGGUUAUUAGCAAACUCGGCGGUAGCAG